GUUCAACAUGGCUGCAUACUGGAGAAGUUUGUUGUGCUUUCGGUCAGCAACACAGGCGCUGAUCAUCUGUGCUUUCUGCCUUACUGUCAUCCACAGCCUUGGUAAUGAUGUGGACAACUGUGAUAAACUCCGACUGGGACAAUAUCCUUUUAAAAAGUAACGUAAAUGGAAUAACCCUACGGAUUGAUCCCACCUUAACAGUGAUCAAGUAUCUAUGUAAAGAACCCAAAAUAGAGGAUGCGACUCAAGAGCCAGAGAACUGCAAGGACCGCUUGGCCUCAGUGGAAUGCUUACCUGCUCCAAACGUCAGAUGUCGCUUGUCAAAUGGGACAGUGUUCAAAUUCGGUGGUGAAGAGGUCGGAUUCAGCAAAAGCAUCCCAUGUCGGAAUGUGAGUGGUUACUCAUACAAAGUAGCUGUGGCUCUAUCACUCUUCCUGGGAUGGAUUGGGGCAGACCGGUUCUACCUAGGAUACCCAGCUCUGGGCCUGCUGAAAUUCUGCACUGUGGGAUUCUGUGGCAUUGGAAGCUUAGUAGACUUCAUGUUGAUCUCCAUGCAGGUGGAUCCAUACGAGACGACCCAACAAAUGUACAGACACAAAUGUUCAUGUCAUGUAAACCUCAUCUUUUCAUUGGAUUCGUUUUUGCCGUGUCCAAACAUCAAGGCACAUGGACAUGCCAGAUUAUUCUGUGGGAAAGACAAGAGACCACGUCUGGAGUUUUUCAAUAUGGCUCAUGUAUGUGCUGAGCUAAUGUUGGUCCCACUGCUCCAAGCUUUAUUCGGAAGGUCAAACUUUUUUCCCCCUCUCACUUCCUCCAUUUUCUCCAUCAAUCCAUCGAUCAUCAGUCUCUUCCUUUGAAUCAGGGCUUUGAAUGCCAUCCAUAUUUCAUUCCUUUUCACGGCCAUCCAUCUCGCAUGUUGUUGGAUAUUGUGUGAUGUUUUGAUGUUAUUUAAACACUGUAAAUAAAGUUGUAAUAUUUAA